UUUUAGGAGGGGGACGAUCCCUGAACACCAAAAAAAACAAAUUUCGAAAUCAAAGUCCCUCCCUUUGUAUCAUCGCAAUAUGGCAUUUCACGUCGCUUGCCCAAUUACAUGCCGGCGAAUCUGUUUCUGUCCGCUAGGGUUUCCUCGAUCCCUCGCCACCGCGAAUUCCAAGGCGAGCUUCCUCGACGAGGUCGUCAAGGUCCAUGACUUUCUCAGCGAUCCCUCCGGAAUUAGGGCUCGCGACGACGGCAGAACUGUCCAGGUGGUUGUUCCUAGAGUCGCGCCGCCGCCGCCUCCGCCGACACUGCCGGUUCCGGCGGUUGUGGUUAAGGACGCGGUGGUGGUCGAGGAUGAGUCCGCGGCUGCGGCCACCGCUCAGGCUAAGCGCGCGGCUCUGCAGCGCAAGGCCGCCGCGGAUAUGGUGGCUGCUGAGGACUUUGCUCGGCGAUUUGAGUCUGGUGAUUUGUCGGACACCUCUAGAGGAGUUGUGGGAGAAGAGCAGGGUCAGUCCAAUGUUAUGUGUCGGAUAUGCUUUUCUGGUGAAAAUGAAGGAAGUGAGAGAGCAAGAAGGAUGCUUCCAUGUAAAACCUGUGGCAAAAAGUACCAUAGGAACUGCUUGAAAACUUGGGCUCAACACAGAGAUUUAUUUCACUGGAGUUCAUGGGCAUGCCCCUCGUGCCGAAUUUGUGAGGUAUGUCGAAGAACAGGAGAUCCAAACAAACUUAUGUUCUGCAAAAGGUGUGAUGGUGCUUACCACUGUUACUGCCAACAUCCUUCACACAAGAAUGUUUCUGCUGGAGUUUAUGUGUGCCCAAAACAUACAAAGUGUCAUAGCUGUGGGUCAAAUGUGCCAGGAAAUGGUUUAAGUGUAAGGUGGUUUUUGGGAUACACUUGCUGUGAUGCAUGUGGUCGAUUAUUUGUCAAGGGGAAUUAUUGCCCAGUUUGCUUGAAGGUUUAUAGAGAUUCAGAAUCAACACCUAUGGUCUGCUGUGAUAUGUGCCAGCGUUGGGUGCAUUGCCAUUGUGAUGGGAUCAGCGAUGAAAAAUAUCAACAAUUUCAGUUAGACGGAAAUCUCCAGUACAAAUGUGCCACAUGUCGCGGAGAGUGCCAUCAGGUCAAGAAUCAUGAGGAUGCUGCAAAAGAGCUUUGGAAAAGAAAAGACGAAGCUGAAAGAGAUUUGAUUACUAGCUUAAAGGCUGCUGCAGGGUUGCCAGCUCAUGAAGAAAUACACUUUAUUCUACCCUAUUCUUCUGAUGAAGAAAGUGUCGCUCCAAAACAAAAGAGUGAAUAUGGACGUUCCUUGAAAUUGUCUCUUAAAGGAUUGGUUGAUAAGUCACCAAAAAAGACCAAGGACAGUGGAAAGAAAUCCUUAAUCAAAAUAUCUGCUAAGAAGAAGGAAUACCAAGAAAUUUCUACUAAUAACGAAGCAAAGAGUGUUCGAGGACAUGUUCCUAAAUAUCUUAGGUUGGACAAGAAUGAUCAGAUGCGGCCCUCCAAAAUUGCAGAAUCAGAAGUAUAUUCUUCACCUCUUGCUGGAAGUGUGAGCAAUACUGAAGAGAUAUACUCUGUCAGUGAGCCAAGUGUAUUGAAGCACAAGUCUGUUGAUGAAGUGAUGUUGAAUGGUGGAGAUAGGACGUCCAAAGUUCGUAUUAAAGGCAGGUCUCAUGGUCUGGAUAUUGCAGAGGACACUGGGAAGCAUGCUGGCAAGUCUAAGCCUGUUAAAGAGAAGAAGCUUGUGAUAAACUUUGGUGCAAAAAAGAUUAAUAUAACUAAAUCUCCAAGUUCUGAUGCUUCAACCCAUCAAAGAGAACAUGCUGCAGUGACCUCUAAUGGUGGUGAAGAUGUGAGCAAGAAGACAACAAGUAUUGUGGCGGACAGUAGACAUGAUGAUUCUGCCAAUAUUGGUGAUGUUAAAGGUUCAAAGGUUGCUGGAAGAGAAGGGAAUAUUAUAAAGUUGGGAAGGGUAAGGUCAGGAGCAGCAGAUCAUAAACCCAAACUUGUGAAAGGUGAUAGGGCUGAGGGAGUUGAUGGCAUUCCUUCGGAGCAGGUGCAUGUUUCAUCUGGAAAAAGCAUUGAAGGAGGCAUGCCUGCAAGUAAGCCUGCAGGGGAGGUCCCCACUAUGAGAAAUAACAAGGUAUAUUCAAGGAAGCACUCAGAAAGCAGGUCUGCUUCUGCUCCUAAGACUGAUGAAUCUGGCCAAACACCGGUUUCACUUUCUUCCUCCAAAGAUCAGAAAGAUCACAACAAGCCAUUGUUGAAGUUUAAGCUUAAGAAACCUAAUGUUGAAAGCCAGAGUUCUCCUCAGCAUGAUGAAGAAAAAAGCUCUGUUAAGGGCCAGCGGUCAAAAAGAAAGAGACCAUCACCGUUUAUGGAGAAACCAUCUUUUAGUGAAAAUGAUGAUAGGGCACCUUCGGUUGAAAAUAAUCUAAUGGAUGAGAUCAUGGAUGCUAAUUGGAUAUUGAAAAAGUUGGGAAAAGAUGCAGUUGGAAAGCGAGUGGAAGUGCAGCAGCUAUCUGACAAUUCAUGGCACAAGGGAGUUGUUAGCGAUGUUGUUGAAGGCACAUCACUGUUAUCUGUGACUUUAGAUGACGGCAAAGUCAAAUCUCUUGAACUUGGAAAGCAAGGGGUUCGGUUUGUAUCCCAAAAGCAGAAGAGGUCAAGAACAUGAGGGGGGAUGUACCAUCUUUUCCAUUUGGAAGCUUCCUUCCCCAUUUUGGUUAGGUAGUCUUCGGCGUUCAUAUCUGACCAAAAAGUCUCCGACAUUCAUAUGUUGUAGCAUUUGCCGUGGUUUGUAAUUUUGCUUAUUCAUCAGUCUUCACAGAGGACAGAGGGGUUUGUUUGUUGGAUGCUCUUAGUAUUCCUUGAAGAGUUGAUUCCAUCCAACCUGGGUUAGCUACACCGCCUACACGGCAGGCUCUCUCUGCGACCCCCUUAUUGUCCGCCUGUAUUUCAAUACUGUAGUCUUAAUGUUAAAAACAUUUCUGUAAUAGGACAGGAAUGGAGACCCUGAAAUCAUAGAAUGCUGUUUUUUAUAUCAGACUUGAUGCAUUACCAUCUGUAGAAAUAAAUAGAAUUGAUUUUGUUCCAAAGCCAA